CAGGCGGCAAGGCUCCUUGUUUACCCGCGGUGCAUGUUGGGGCGGUCUCCGUAGGCAACGCUGGCCUUCCAGCUGCCCUGUGGCAAUGCCGCGAAGGCGCGGUGGUGGCGGUGGUGGCCUACGCCAGGCGCCCGCUGCAUUCGUGCCCUUGGCGAGCCCCAGCUACUACGAAAGGGUGGGCCAGCUCCAGCAGGCUCUGCGGGACAGUGAGAAGAAGAGACUGGACCUGGAAGACAAGCUUUAUGAAUAUAAUAAGUCUGAUAAGUGCAGAGCUAAGCUGAAAUGUGCAAAACUAAAGAAAUAUCUGAAGGAAGUAUGUGAGUCUGAAAGGAGGGCUCAGGUUCGAAACCAAGGAUAUUUAAAGAAGUUCGAGUGUGUCCAGUCGCUUGUUGAACACUUGACCACAAAUACGGAGAAGCUUCAGAAACUGAAGGCUGAAUAUGAAGCUGAAAUGAAGAGGCUGCGCCUCCUGUCAAAGGACAGCCUGGGAGCGAGUGACAAAGACCAAGCAAAGGAUGCAAUGCAGGCAGGAAUUAACUCGGGGACAGCUAUGUCAAGAGGAUUGUAUCAACCAGCAACAAUCUUUAUGGGCCGCCAAAUGUCAGCCAUCUCAAGCAUUGAAGAUUUCAGUACAGAGCAGAAAUCUAACCAACCCACAAAGAACUUUUCAAUCUCUGACCCACAUUCACACCAACAGACAGCCCAGAGCAGCUGUGUGACAGACAGCUGUGUAGUGCAGACUAAUGGUGACACACAGUGCUUAAAUAAGUCUGACAAAAUACAUGGAAAGACAUCUCUUCAGACUGGUGAGAAAACGCCAGUCACAAGCUGUGUAUUGUCUGAGGAAGAACAAACUCAUUGCUUGGAGAUAGGAAGCACCACACGUCACAGCAAGAGUAAUUUAUCUGAAGGCAGAAAGUCUGCUGAACUCCAUUCCUUGCUACAGGAAAGAUUAAGUCCAGAGAACAGAAUCACUGAUUUAAAGUAUGACAGUUCCAGCAGAUCAGAGGGAUCAGACAGAGAAAUACUGACACAAGAACAUAUUGAAGUCGAGGAAGAAAGAGCCAACCCGCUGGUCCCCAUGAUAUCAGUUUCAGAACACUGUAUAUCUGCAAAUAAGUGGACUGGAGAGAAGCUUUCUGCUUGGGAAGCUUUCUCAGAUGAUCUUGACCAUGGGGACCCGAAGUCACAGAAGUCCUUCCUAAAAAUUCAGGAAGAACAGGAGGAGGACAGCUCAUGCAGCAGCAGUGACCUCACAGUUUCUGUGAGUGAGGACGAUCUGAUUUUAGAGAAUCUGGAGGCACUGUUGAAUCCAGGAGCCAAGAUGGCGGGUAAAGAUGUAAUGCAGGCCUCACCAUCAGUCCGCACUGAACCGAGACAAGAUUCGAUCUUCACUGAAUAUGUUUUGCAGACCCAAAGCUUUCCUGAUUCAAAAAGGGAACCCUCCCCAGACUCAGCACGACAAGCUGAAGCAGUACCAGGUUGUCACUUAUUGAAGACACAAGGGCAGUGUACGAAGGAACAUGAUGAUUCUCUUAAAGAGGCAACAACAUUAUUGAAAAAAGUCCUUACCGAAGAAUGUGACCACAGGUCAGCUAUUCACAGUAAUGAAUCAUCUUGCAGCAUGCCAUCUAUUCUGAAUGACAAUAAUGGAAUAAAGGAAGCAAAACCCGCCCUGCGUCUCAACAGUGUUCUUACAAGGGAACAAGAAGUUUCAAGUGGCUGUGGAGAUGAGAGCAAGGAAGAAGGCACAGCUGCGGUCCCAGUCACAGGUGGCUAUGGGACGGAAGGACACAGAGAGGCAGACCUAGUACCCUCAGAACUGUUUCCGUUCAGCUUGGGAGCAGCCAUGAAAGAAACCAAAGCCUACCAGUUACUGAAGAAGUCUACCCUUCAGGAUAAUUCAAAUCAAGCUGAAGAGAGAUUUGAAAGUCAGUUUUCAAGUUUGGAUAUUGGCGGCAGCACGUUCAAGACAAAGACAGCCCACAAAAUCGCCUCGGAAGCUAGUUUUUCAUCCAGUGAAGGAAGUCCUUUGUCAAGGCAUGAAAGCAAAAGGGACCCAGUGACCACCAUAAAGUCAAAUGCCUAGGGACAGCCCACAUGGCUGCCCAUGAACAGGACCUUCACAUGGGCCGAGUGCUGGUGCAGGCUGUGUGGCGUUGACCGUCAGAAUUGGUGCUCUCUGCCUACGGAAUGCUUCACAGCUCUUCCCCGCCCUGUGGGUGGGCCCACAAGUGUCUGUCACUCAUUGCUGGUAGGAUUCUUACAGCAACCCUAACUGUUCUCUUCACAUCCACCCCCCCCACCCCAUUUCUUCCUAGCCACUAGCAUUUUAAACUUGAUUCAUUCUAUCCACUGUCUACUUAAUUCCCAGUCUCUCUCACUAACUGUACCAUAGAAUAUGCUUUCUCUGGUGGUCUCCCUGGUUCCAGCUCUCUCUUUGCAAGGCUGUAGCCCUUCUGACUUUGCUGUACCCCUGCUCUGCUCUCUUCCUCAUGUUGUUCCUUUUCUAUGAAGUUCUUUUUUCUUGGAACUGGGAGCUCCCCUUCAUCCUUUAACACCCAACCCACACUGGUGCUAUAGUUCUCCUGUCAUGGUAACACUGGGACACUUACCUCCUGUGCCUGGGCUCUCUACUCUGGUCACCUUGCCCCUCGUGUCCCCACUUGUAGUAGUAGAGAGCGCAGGUGGAUUGGGUGUGACUGAACUGGAUCACCAUUGACACCAAGGUUGUGGCAGAUACCUACCCCUGUUCAGCUUCCCUUUGCACAGUAAGGGACAGACAUUAUUCUAACCAGGGCCAGUGAAAGGAUCAGCUCGGGUCUUUUAAAAGAAGCCACUUAAGAGCUGCCGGGUUCUUCUCUAUAGAUGUCAGUAACCUAGUUGUCAAGGCAAACAAUGCUGCUGGUACCCUACAGCACCCUGUCAUCUGCCUAGAGGUCACCUCAACCCCAACUGGCAGUAAUGCCCAUGACUUCUACAUGAGACAUAUCUCUGCCCCAGGUUUUUGCAGACUGCACAAGGAUGUCCCUUUCAGAGAGCCAGAAAGUUGGCAGCUAGGGUUAGGAGAUAAAGGAUCAGUAAACACUGUCUAACUCUUCACUGGAACUUGAGGGAACCUCUACACAGUCUCUCAGAAGAGCCUCAGGAGGACUGAAUCCCAGUUGUUCACUGCCCGCACCCAUACCUUUCACCAGCUUCCUCUCUUCCUGGGCCACUCCCAUCCUCCUCACCUGAGUGCCUCCCAAAUUACAUGAUAGGUGUUCAGAUCAGCCAAUCACCACUGCUGAUCCCUCCUCCCAAAUAGCUUGAUAGGUGUUCAGAUCAGCCAAUCACCACUGCUAGUCCCUCCACCCAAAUAACAUGAUAGGUGUUCAGAUCAGCCAAUCACCACUGCUAGUCCCUCCACCCAGUCUUUCCCUUUUCUGAUCUACUCUUAACAAAACGGCAAACAGGGAGACAAAAGUGAAGCAGCAGCCACGAUGGGGUGGUGACAUUCCUGGUAACCUGGGUUUUAAUGUCUAUCCUAUAGUAAACAGUUGGACAUGAUGAAAAAGAGGGUUCUGCAAGGAUUUCCCUGUAACAGUGGGAAGAACAUAGCAUGGAGUAUAUAAAUGUAUACAGGUGACACAGUGUUGUUAGACUGUGCAGUGCUCCAACUUAGCAGUUGGUUUGCUGUUUUGAAAACCCCCUUCAGAAUGUAAAGUUAACAAGCCGUGUUCUUUUCUC